GCUGUCUAACUCCUUCAUCGUCUCUGUCUAUCAACGCUGAGCCCGGUGCUCUUACUCCACUCUUCAGUUGACCUGAGCCUGUCCUUACCUUCUCACCGAAGCUCAAAUAUCGAACAGUCAUCAUGUACUGCCGACCUUCCUUCCUCGCGCUUCUCGCCUUCGUCUCCGUCGCUUUUGCCUUCCCCGUCGCUAGGCCGACAGACUUUGGCUCGUCUCGUGCCGGUGCUGCAGUCCGCCGGGCUGCAGCUAUCAACUUCGGGACAUGCAGUGAUCCCCAAGUCACCGAGGCCAACGGCGUGUUCAGCGUUGCCAACACCAAAGACUUCGGUUCCGUAGCAUCAUCCAAGUUCCUGGACGAAGUCGUGACGGGCAUUUGCAAUGUUCUUACCAACAAUUGCGGGGUCGAUGGAAUCACAGAGGGCGACUGCUCAACCGCUGCGUCGGAUGCUAUUGGAGCAGGCAAUGUCGGCCUGGGAGCGGACGAGUUCAACUCUGUUCUUGGCUUCACGUCCAACUUCGCUGCCACAGCGGCUGCUGGAGCAGGGAACAACGCCGUCGUUUCAGCUACGACCACCGCAGCCGCGACGAAGGCGACCCAUACUAACGUUGCUGCUGCCGGUAGCAGUCACGGCAACGGUGAUCAGGCGGGUCACGGUGGAAGCGCGGCCGAAUGCCCCAAGAAGCGAGAGGAAUGAGUUGUGUCGUAGGAGGUUUCUUUUCCAGUCAUGUUUCGUAUAUCUUGCUCUUUGGUCUACGUGGAGUACUAGACAAACUUUGAAUUCACGGCGUUUUGGC